GUCAAGUUUUGUGGGUGAGAAGGUGUAAAUGUGAUUUUGCUGAGACGUAGACGUGAAGAAGAUGAAGCUUCUUGGACUCUUAUUGGUCACUGUGUUGACGGUGGAAGGGCAUUUGCUGGGUGAACAGCAGUCUUCAGAGAAAGCCGAUUUACGGCAUGAUCAUCCAGAAUUGGAUUGGUAUGAACGAGCAAAUCUCUACCAAAUCUACCCGAGAUCCUUUAUGGAUAGCGAUGGGGAUGGAAUUGGAGAUUUAAAUGGCAUCACAGCGAAAUUGGAGCAUCUUCAGGAGUCUGGGAUCUUUGCAACAUGGCUCAGUCCAAUUUUCAGCUCUCCUAUGAGAGAUUUUGGCUAUGAUAUUUCAAAUUUUACAGAAAUUAAUUCCGAUUAUGGUACCAUGGAAGACUUCCUGCAGCUUCUGCAUGAAGCACGAAGGCUCAAUAUUCGUCUCAUCUUGGACUUUGUGCCCAAUCACACGAGUGAUCUGCAUGAAUGGUUUGUAAAGUCCGAGGACAAUGAUCCUGAAUACCGAGACUACUACGUAUGGAGGGAUGCACGGUAUGUGGGGGAAGAGAGACACCCACCAAAUAAUUGGCUUUCCGUCUUCCAUGGACCUGCGUGGACGUGGAGUGAAAAACGGCAACAGUACUACCUCCAUCAGUUUGCCAAAGAGCAGCCAGAUUUGAAUUUUGAGAAUGAGAAAGUGGUGGAAGAGAUGACGAAUGUAUUGAAAUUUUGGCUGGAUAUUGGUGUCGACGGCUUCCGUGUGGAUGCCAUCAAUCACCUCUUUGAGGACCCCAGUUUCGCCGAUAAUCCACCUAAUCGUGAGAUUUAUGAUCCAAUGGACUAUAGCCACUUUGACACAAUUUACAGCAAAGAUCUUCCAAAGUCCUAUCAGCAGGUGUAUGAUUGGCGCAAAUAUCUCGAUAGCUAUGCUGAAGAGCACGGCACGGAUACCAAGGUCCUCCUGACUGAGGCAUACACCAACAUCACGAAUACGAUGAAGUGGCAAAUGUCAGAAGAUGGUACGCAGAAGGGUGCACAUUUCUCAUUUAAUUUUAACUUAAUUAUGGAGCUCAAGACUCUCCCCGAUGAGCUCAAUGCGGCAGAUGUGAAGGCAACCAUUGAUGAGUGGCUUGAACACCUCCCAGAUGGAGUUCCACCAAAUUGGGUGCUUGGCAAUCACGACCGCCCACGCGUUGCAUCGCGUUUUGGUGUGGAUUUGGUGGACAAUAUGAAUAUUCUCGUGCAAACCCUCCCUGGAGUUGCGGUGACAUACUACGGUGAGGAGAUUGGAAUGGAGGAUUUCCGUGGAAUCUCCUGGGAGGAUACACAGGAUCCUCAGGCGUGUGGUUCCAAUGAAACAGUCUACCAAUUGUAUACGAGGGACCCUGUACGAACCCCCAUGCAGUGGGAUGAUACCCAAAAUGCGGGCUUCUCCACAAAUCCCUCCCCGUGGCUACCUGUGCAUCCAGACUAUGUGCAAAAUAACCUGGCACAGCAGAAGGUGGCUGAAACGAGUACAUAUAAAUUGUUCCUGGAUUUAGUAAAGCUCCGCAUUGAUCAUGCCCUUGAGUAUGGAGAUUUUAAGUCAGAAGCUCUAAGCAAUGGAGUCUUUGCCUACAGUCGGAAUAUGGAGGGACAUGAGAGUCUCGUGGUGGCACUCAAUUUCGCCAGUACAGAGGCAACAGUUGACCUUACUCCCGUCCUCCUUGAGAAUUCACAUUCAGAAGGCCUAGUCGAAUUGGCUACAACCAAGUCCAUUCAUAAGAGAGAUGAUGUCGUUAACUUGAGAACCCUCACACUGCAGCAGUACGACGGUGUCAUUCUACGAGUUAACUCAUCCGCUUCAGCAAUCUUCAUUUCCUCAUUUGCUCUUGUUCUUGUUGUACUGAAAACACUCCUUUACUAAGGGUGGCAAUUAAAGUGAUGAUGUAAUGUAAGAAAUAAAAAUAAAUUAUCGAGAAUUGUCUAAUCUGAA